AUGUCGUUUGAAAAGACGGGACUUAUUGCUGCGAAUCCAGCGACGGCGCGCGCGACGGCUGUUCAUCUGUCGUACGACGCCAAGUCGGACCGCAUUGCGUACGCGAGCGGUAAAAACGUGUACAUCCGGUCUGUUUCGAAGCCUGAACAGAGCAUCCAGUUCGGUGGCCACAACUACACCACGUCUGUGGCCAAGUUCUCGCCGUCCGGGUUUUAUGUGGCCUCUGGAGACGAGAGCGGAAACGUCAAGGUGUGGGAUUGUGUGGGUGAAGACCUGAUUGUGAAGGGAGAUUACCAGAUAAUAAGUGGACGGAUCAACGACAUUGCGUGGGACGCAGACUCCAGCAGGGUGAUUGCAGUUGGAGAUGGCCGUGAUCGGUAUGGACAUUGUUUCACUGCAGACUCUGGUAACAGUGUUGGCGAGAUCUCGGGCCAUACUGCUCCCGUGAAUGCCGUGGCCAUACGGCCGUGCAGACCGUAUCGUGCUGUGACGGUUAGUGAUGACGCAGGGCUUGUGUUUUUGCAAGGGCCGCCUUUCAAGUUUGCACAGUCUGUUCGUGGACACCACACGAAUUUCGUCCGGGAUGUGAAGUUCAGCAAAGACGGUGCUCAUGCCAUUAGUGUGGGGGCAGAUAGAGCCAUAGUUGUGUACGACGGCAAGACAGGCGACUUUAUCCGCAAGCUUGAUGGUGUGCACUCUGCAGGGAUCUUCUCCAUUGACUGGAUCGACAAUGAAUCGUUCAUCACCAGCUCUGCAGACGCAUCUAUUAAACUUACCAAUUUGGAAGGUGAAACAUCCAAGGUGUGGCAACUGGACCCGAUCCUUGAAAACCAAAUUGUCGGGUGCGUAAAGACAACAGACUAUGUCAUUGGGCUCACAUUGAGCGGAGACCUCUACUACUUCUCGGACUCGUCGGACGCUCCUGUCAACGUUGUGUACGGCCACCAAAAGUCCAUCACCGCCGUGUCCAAGCCGGCCAACGGCGUCAUCUACACAGGAAGCUACGAUGGACGCAUCAUCGAAUGGGGGCUCGACUCAAAACCAAACUCCUUGGCUACGGGUUCUCCCCACACAAACCUCGUCGUGGGCAUCGAGAAAUCGGCUAAAGCUUAUAUUACUGCUGGUUGGGACGACGCUAUCAAGAAGCUGGACGGCCACGAACUGUCCCCUGCAGCUUCCGUUUCCAAACAGCCAAUCCAGAUCAGCGCCCGCGCUGACCUGUCCGUCGUGAUCACCGAGGACGAGCUCGUUCUGCUGGACGGCGAGGGUAAGCUGCUCAAACAGCACCCGUUGGACUUUGUGCCAAGCUCCGUUGCAGUCUCGGAAACUAACAUCGUGCUGGCCGACUCGACCUCGUUCGCGCUCAACGUGUACGAUAAACAGUUCAAGUCUGUUGGGUCGCUGCCUCCUCUGCGUGGCAAGCCUUCCGCGUUGCAAAUCUCUCCAAACGGAAAAUAUCUGGCUGCCGGAGACGUGAACGGGAAAAUCCACUGCUACAACCUCGAAGACCUGUCGCUGGUCACCACCAGAUGGGCUUUCCACACGUCUAGGAUCAGCUCGUUGGCAUGGAACGCCGAUAACGACCAUGUUGUGUCUGGGUCUCUGGACACGAACGUGAUUGUGUACUCUGUUUCCAAGCCGGCCAGAAACAUCAAGAUCCCCAACGCUCACAAGGAAGGUGUUGCCGGAGUCAGCUGGCUGGGCGAUACAGAGCUCGCGAGCGGCGGUGCUGACGCCAGCAUCAAGUUCUGGAAAGUCGUGUUUGCCUAG